GCAACCAAUGAAGCUGCUGCUGAAUUACGGGAGAGCAUCCAAAAGUGGCGCACUACAGAAGAGUAAAUAAAGAGUGAAGAGGGACAUGAAUGCAUCUCACUGAAGGAUUGAGGAGCCUGCAUUUUUGAGCUUCUGCACAAAUAAUUACAGAGCACAUCAUCUCCCACUCCUUGUUUGCUGCUCGGCUGCUCCUCUCGUCCGCGGGCCAGGAUGAAUGACAUUCAGGAGGCCACCUCCCCCGCCACCAGCCUCGGCGGUCCGGCGACCUGCGUCUCCAAAGUAGAGCUGCGGGUGUCUUGUAAAGCUUUACUGGACCGUGACACUCUGAAUAAGUCAGACCCUUGUGUGAUCCUCAUGGUACAGACCAACGGACAAUGGACAGAGUUGGACAGGACAGAGGUGAUCAAGAGCAACUUGCACCCCGUCUUUGCCAAGGUCUUCUCCUUGGAUUACUACUUUGAAGAGGUUCAGAAACUACGAUUCGAAGUGUACGACAUCCACGGCACCCACAGCAUCGGGACGCGUGACGAUGACUUCUUAGGCGGAGUGGAGUGCACGCUCGGUCAGAUUGUGGCCCAAAAAAAGAUAGUGAAGCCCCUACUUCUCAAGUAUGGAAAAUAUGCUGGGAAAUCCACCAUCACGGUGCAUGCGGAGGAAAUUUCCGGUAACAAUGGCUAUGUGGAGCUGUCUUUCUGUGCCAAGAAACUCGACGACAAGGACCUCUUCAGCAAGUCAGACCCAUUUUUGGAAAUUUAUCGUAUCAAUGAUGAUGAAACGGAGCAGCUUGUCCACAGAACUGAGGUUAUAAAAAACAACCUGAAUCCUGUUUGGGAGCCAUUCAAAGUGUCUCUCAUAUCACUCUGCAGCUGUGAUGAGGAGAGGAAGCUGAAGUGCCUAGUGUGGGAUUACGACUCGAGGGGGAAGCAUGACUUCAUUGGAGAGUUCUACGCUACUUUCAGAGAAAUGCAGAAAAUCUCCAGCGGAAAUAAGGUGAUGUGGGAUUGUGUGAAUCCUAAGUACAAACAGAAGAAAAGGAAUUAUAAAAACUCAGGAGUUGUCAUCUUAACUGACAUCAAACUCCACAGAGUUUACUCCUUCUUGGAUUACAUUAUGGGAGGAUGCCAGAUUCACUUCACGGUCGCCAUUGACUUCACAGCCUCCAACGGAGACCCGAGAAACAGUUGCUCUUUGCAUUACAUCAACCCCUACCAGCCCAAUGAGUACCUGAAGGCUCUCAUAGCCGUGGGCGAGAUCUGUCAAGACUACGACAGUGACAAAAGAUUUUCAGCAUUGGGGUUCGGUGCCAGAAUCCCUCCAAACUACGAGGUGUCUCAUGAUUUUGCCAUCAAUUUCAAUCCAGAUGAUGACGAAUGUGAAGAGAUCCAAGGAGUGGUUGAGGCCUACCAGAACUGCCUUCCUAAAAUCCAGCUGUAUGGCCCCACCAACGUCUCUCCCAUCAUUAACAGGAUAGCCAAGCUGUCAGCUGGCGACGGCAACAUUAAAGACGCCUCUCGAUAUCACAUCCUGCUCAUCCUAACCGAUGGCGUGGUGACAGAUAUGGCGGACACACGUGAAGCCAUCGUGCGGGCCUCCUACCAGCCACUAUCCAUUAUCAUCGUCGGAGUAGGCAACGCCGACUUCACAGACAUGCAGAUUUUAGACGGAGAUGACGGCGUCCUGCGCUCGCCAAAGGGCGAGCCGGUCCUGAGGGACAUUGUGCAAUUCGUCCCCUUCCGGGAUUUCAAGACGGCUUCACCAGCAGCCUUGGCUAAAUGUGUCCUGGCAGAGGUGCCCAAACAGGUUGUGGAGUACUACAGCCACAAGGCCAUCCCCCCUAUGUGUCCAGUGAGGAACUUGCCCACACCCAUCCUCAGCCCAGUCGCCACCACUCCGACGGAGUAACUCAACUAAAAUCACCUUGAACUGCAGAGAUGGAGAGGGGAUUCUUGCCUCCUGGGAUAAGAUGAGAAAAAGUCCUCAACAUCUUGUUAAUCAUUUAUUCCACUCCUACAAAAGGUUUUUUCCCCAGAGGGACCGUGACUUCUGUUUUUCAGUUCAGUGUGGAUUCAGCACAUCUCCCUGGCUUUGUGAUGGAACCAUCCCAGAUGAAGGAUUAUAUGUAUUUUCUUUGCCUUGGCUUUGUGCAUGCCAGCCAAUCUGUCAGGCAUUAAUCACAGGCGGAGGACUGAAUUUCCUCACCGGCCCUGAAAUACAAGCUCUUGGUUUUUCCUCAUUUCUUCCUGCAUCAUCACUUAAAAAUAUCUUUCAAAGAAUAACACGAGCAAUCAGUCUAUGAUAUAUUCAUCACACAGGCGUACAAGGUAAUGUUUUCUAUGGUGGGAAUGCGCAACUCAUGUGCUAACACAUAGACUUGAAUUUGUUUGGCUUUAUUUAAUAACACUGCUUAUUGAACAAACCUUCAGAAGCUUGACACAUUGUUGCAAUUUUCCAUUCCGUGCAGUUCGCAAAAGGUCACACAGUCCAGAAAUUCAUCGAUUAAUGGUCACAAAAUUGGUAGCUAUUUAGUGGAUAACUUAACCCUUGAUGGUCCCGCAUGGAUAAUCAAUCACCGACACUGCAUGAGACUUAUUCCCCCAGGAGAAUAUGAGCGGACUUGGUCAUCAUACAUGUUUUCAAGUCAGGGAAAGACAUUAUAUUGAAUUGAUUUUCUUUCAAAUGAAAAGAUGAAAAGCUAAUGGGAGGCUUAAUUGGGUAGGAGAUAUUCUCCAAGACUUUUUUUCCCCGUGUGUGAUAACUACCAUUUUAUCAAUUAUAACUACGUACUCACAGACGAAGCAGAGUUACUUUUAAAAUGAACUGUUUUUACAUUGACUUCACUGUAACUACGGCUUAUUACCAUUUGCAACACUGAAACUAUUUCAUAAAUUAACUCAUGGGCUUCGAUUGGCGGAUAUAGACGUCCAAAACAUUUUCACUGGGAGGGUUAGCAGCGUUUGUUCCCAAUCACUGACACAUGAUGAUUUCAUUCCAGCCAUCCCAGUUACAAUAGAUUUGAUACCUAUUGCUAUCAAUGGUCGUAAAUGAGUUAAUCAAGACAGGAUAAGCUGCGGUUUGUCACACUAUGAAUACCUCCUUGUUCAUGCAACUGCCUCCAAGCUCCUGACAAGAAGACAUUCACAAGUUUUUGUAAUUGGACCAAGUGGGUAAUUUUUUUUAGUGUUGCACGAUACCAUUUUUGGCCCCGAUACCGAUACCUGGCUGUGCAGUAUCUAUAUAUACACACACAAAGUGAAUCCAGUAGAACUUUUUAUUGCAUACCUGGUAUGGGUGAAAAAUUAAUUAAAUAAACCUUUGGCUCUCAAAGGCCAAAAUAGUGCUAAAUUCAUGAAAUUAAAAGAUGUAAAAAUACAAUGAAUGAAUAAUGAAUACACUUUUUUAAACCCUGUGUUUUGGCUUUCAAAGGCCAAACAGUGCAACUUUUAUGAAAUUAUAAGUGACAAUAAUUGACCACAGCAUCAUAUCUCUCUAUUAGCCUCCCUCUCUGUGCACUAGCAGCAACACACACUUAGCCACUUAGCUUAGCUUACUUUGCUCACUUCUACAGCACUUUUGAAUAGGCUUUCCACCCGUCCUUUGAAAUAAGGAAUCGUUCCGAAUUGGGAAUUAAAAGUUGCGUUAUAUAUUGAGCCAAUACAGACUAUAUAUAUAAGUAGAUACAUUUCUAUGCAUUUUAGGAGUUUUGGGGUUGUCCCUUUUUUUUUUUGUCGCCUGUACGUCUUUGGGCGCGAGGGUGGCGUCCCUUAUUUCUAUUUCUGAAUGUGGCAACCCUACUUUUGAAACAGGUCUCAAAUUACUGCGGCAUUUCUUUCAGUAAAAGACAACAAAAGUAAAGUAGACAAAGUAAACUGACCAGGGUUUGUUGCUCCAGCCCCUUUCCCUUGGUAGCAGUUGCUGCUGUUGUUGCCUCAAACUUUUUGUGUUCGUUCACGUUUCGUCUUCAAAUGUUUUAUCAGGUUCGAGGUACCGAAACUGGCCGAUUUAACUCCACCUCUUGAAACUUUCAGGCCGCAAAUCUUGCAUGCCGCCAUUGUACUCGACCGAGAUUAUAAGAUGAAAUAUUUCCAGUCCGCUGACGUUUUCCUCUCGUAGUUUGUUUUUCCUACACAUGAUAAAGCUGCCCCUGCAUUGGUUAAGAGCAGCUAUUCGCUUGCUCUCAUUGGUCUGGAGAAGGCCAAUAGCGAUAGCUGCUUUGCAUGCAAAGUGAUUGAGUGUCAUCACACAACACAUAGUUUAGUGCUCGUCAGGAGAAAAAAGAAGGCUGCAGUUGAGUGUUAUAAUACUGGACCGGUAAAUGGUAUCCCACCCUCUUUGUUGGUACUCGCCGAUACCACCAUUUCGGGGCGGAUCGCCCCCCUCUCCUGCUGAUACUUGUAUCGGUAUCGGUGCAUCUUUAAUUUUUUAUUAACUCUUUUUCUGCCAUUGACAAUGAUACGUCCAUUUUGUUUUGACUGAGAAGGCUGACGGCUAAUGAUCACAAAGGGGAGCUGCAGUACAAAAAGAUAUUGUGAUAAAAUUAUAUACAUUAUGGUGAGCGAGAACUACAGUAGUGAUACACACCACUGUUCAAAUGCUAGGUUUUUGUGACCAUUAAUGACUUAUAACCUGAAUGAUUCCACUGAUUAAAAUCAAAAUAAAACAACAAUUUCAGAAAGUAAAGAAAAAAGAAAAAAAACAAUGUGGUUGCACAAAGGUGUAUACCCUCUAAAGCGGAGAUGUGGCAGUGUUCAGUAUUAAGCAAUCACAUUCAAACUCAUGUUAAAUAGGAGUCAGCACACACCUGCCAAGAUUUUAAGUGCCUCGGAUUAAUUCCGUUUUUUUCUGUUCUAGUGGGCUUUUCCUGACAUUUCUUUACUAGCAGAAAGCAGUGUCUUUUUUUUUUCUUCUGAAGAGAUUAGGGUUUUUUGUAGAAGUUUGGAAAUGAUUUCUCACAAAAACAUGGCGUUCAAACAGGUGUGUGUGAGGUUUUUUUUAAUUUUUGGGGUGGGAUUACAAUGUUAAACGGCACAUUCACUCUUGUAAUGAUAGCACAAGCUGCCAAGCAAGUUGGCACACUGCUCACCAGGUGCAGUUAGAGCAAUGAUGGUGAACCAGUGAGCUUUCUGGGAUCGAAUAAUAUUAUAUACCUCCUCACCCAUGGCACACAAAAAAUAAGAUUUCAGUUUCCAAAAAGCUCAUCUAGGGCUUGAAAUGUUACAGUAUGUCUAUUGUGAAAUGAACCCAAAUGUCAUAAGUGAAAAUCACUAUGUGCAUUAAAUGUUUAGAUCUAACUAUAACGUUUGAACAUCUGAACAUGAAGUCGUGUUGCCAGUACACGUUUUUCUCAUGUUAAUUUAGUAGGAUUUAUUUAAUUGCUGACACAGUAUUUUUGUUGCCUUGCUGGCUUUGUACACUGAACAAAAAUAUAAAUUAAAUGGGUUUUUUUCAUGACUUCAUGAAACUUUCUAUGUACACAAAAGGGCGACGUCUCUCAAAUAUUGCUCACAAGCCGCCCUUCUGUGUUUGUAAGCAUUUCUCCUUCGUCAAGACAAUCCGUCAACCUCACAAGAUGCAGAUCAUGACAAAUGCACAGGAGGGCCAUGGACUGACCACUCUAAAAGAUGCAAUUUCACCAAAGUGAUGAAUUUAUAGUUUUGUUCAGUGUAUUUUCUUCAAGUGUUAUCGAGACUGCCUUGUAUACGUAACUGUUGAGUGUUUUCUUUUGCUUCAACAAUGCAUGUUUGCUCCAAAAGUCAACUUGAAAAUGACACUGGCACUGUGUUUACAGCUCCUUCUUUCACGCACACGCACACACCUUGGAGGCACAAAUAUUACAGUGACUUUGAUUUGUCCUCUGAAGCUCCCCCAGCUUUCUCUUGAUGCACGUUAUUGACUAGUGAAUGCACACCACACACAAAUAAGCAUGCAGUGUUGUUGGACUGCUUUGAAGAAGCCGACUGUGGAGGACUGGCCUGUCAUACUGGAUACCAUAGGGAGGACAAUUGAUCCAGCGGGCAACGAUAUGGACCUGUACCAUUGAAAAUGAGGUUUUGGCCCUGUAACCUAUAUAAAAAAAAAAAAAAAAAACAAACAAUGGCUACAUAUAACAAAAGAGCUUGUCUUAAAGGGAUCCACGGAUAGAAAGGCUUGUAGUUCUGAAAAGCUAAAUGUUAUUACAAGUUAAAAUAAUUUGAUUUUGAAACCCUUCUUGAUGUUUUCGUUUUUAUACAGUUUGUAAAAUUAGUUUAAUUUGUAGGUCGCCAUUGUUUUUGACGUCGGACGUUAUCUGUUCAACCCUUUCAAUUUGAACCCGAGAGGAACAUUAAUGAGCAGGACAGCACAGUUGAUAUUUCCCAAAACGAUCAGCAAUAGCAAAAUAAUCAGGAAAGACGGUAUGAGAUGAGAGUAGGGAAAAAAAAAACGUAUUCUGCCAAAUGUGCUACCACGGCGAAACUUGCAACAAGAGGCAAAUUUGACACUCAAAGUACUCCUGUGCGCUUUCAGCUUUUGUUUAGAAGCAUACAGACAGAACACACUAAAGAUGCCUUAAGAAAAUACUUAAAUGUAGUAAUAUCAAAUAAGGGUGGUUUAAAUAUGCUACGUGACUAAUGUGGUCAACAGAACAAUCUGCUUAAAAGCUACCACAAGAAAACACAAUGCCUAAAAUUAUGAGAGGGAAACACAUGCAAAAAGUAUUUUGAAGCAAUGAAAAGGUAGUAAAGCACUCAAUAAAAACACAAAUACGAAGUACUCGCUGCUUUUAACCGGUGUGCACAUGUGUUGGUCUUCUUGUCACAUAGACGGAAUUGGAAUAACCUGGUAGUGUUCGUCUAGUGACAGUGACAAUCUACGUCAUCACCCCGAGCCUCCAUUGCGCGCGUAAAACAUGGUGCCCUCCGCAGGUCAAAACAUGUACUAGAUAUUAUAGAUUUUUACAUCAAUGGCAAUAUUUUCUGUGUUUCUAAUAACAUAUUUUAGUAAAAGAGAACAAUUGUGGCUUAAUAGAGGCUAUAAGUCUUUAAGUCCGAGGUUCCCUUUAAAUGAUCCAAGCAUGUCGUGACAAUGCUGCCCAUGUGUAAAAUAUUUCAUUCUAUGCUUAAUGAUUUCCACGUAGCACUACAGUACAGAAAGUGUACAAAAUGAUUACAGGGAAAGCCACUUUGAAUUUGUGUUACAUAUGUGUGGUGGCCAUUUCCACAACAACAAAAAGGAGUAGACUUUGUGACAUUUAGUGAGGAAAGAAAAAUGGAAACAUCCCACUCAAGCAUCCUCCCCAUAAAGAUACAAUUUUUCUUUUUGAUAACAAUGGUAUUCAUAAAACUGUGAUUCUAAGAAUAAAUGUUCAUUACCAGACAGGCACAUGAAAGGGAAGACGAAUAAGGCUAGGUUCAUACUGCAGGUAUUAAUGCACAAUGCAGAUUUUUUUGUCAGAUCUGUGACUGCACAUGCUGGCUGUACGGCAUUCCAGGGUGAUCAUAUUCUGAUUUCCAAAAAGAGGACACAAAUAGCAAACAUUAAUAAUCGAUGUUUAGUCCUAUAUUCAAAGCUUAUAUGGAUUGAUAGAACACAUGCACGCACUGUCCGUGCAUGAUGCACACUCAUAAGCCUUAUGUGUGUGCGUCAGUUUGCUCCGACUCGGCCAUAUAAGCAAUACAGAAAUAUUGCUUAUUUGGUGCACAGAAAGAAAACCGAGCAUUAUCAGGCUUAUCCUUUUAUUCAUUUUAUUUAUUUAUUUUUUUUUAUGACUGUGGUCAAGCCCGCCUCCUGUGUAAAAGCCGAGUUCAAGCUAGGCGCUAAUGCUAAUACACAGCUAAUCCAUGCUGCCAUCCUGCAUGCCGCUCUCGCUCUUUGCUGACGUAAUUGCUGCAUGAAUUCCGAUUUGGGAGACUUGACAGUUCAGCCCGCCCAACAUUCUGUAAAAAAUGGGCCCAGAUCGGAUUUUAACCACAUACGAAAGUGACCUAGAUCGGAUUUGAAAUGACCUGUUCCGUUCAGAUCGUCGUCACGUUAAUGCCCCACUCAAGUCAGAAAAACAUGAAAAAAUCGGAUUUGUGCAUUAAGACCUGCGGUAUAAACCUAGCCUUAGUGUCCUGCUCGAGGCUGCGCAGGACAUCAGGUGAGGGAUUUAAAUGAAGGACUGUCCUACAUCAAUCAGGAUGUGUGGCCACUCUACACAUAAGAGUUAAGUUCAUACUAAUACGUUAGUUUGGUUCAUCAUGUGUUCUUUCGUGAUAGGUUUUAGAUUUCUUGUGUUCGGGCAAAACGCUUUUUGGGGGGCUGCACAAGAAAUCUAAACGUCAAGUGUGUGCAUGGCUGGGAAUUUGUCUGAAUAUGAUUGGAUCCAAAUGUAGUUGACCACAAGAUCAGUCAAGUUUAAAGGUCCCGCUGUAUUGACGUGACUUGAGUUGGUCUCCAAUUAGUGCUACUAUCUCUUUUAUAUAUAAUGUUGGUUCAUCAUUCUCUCAUUGCAAAAAAAAAAAAAAAAAUUGUUUAAAAAAAAAAAUAUAUAUAUUGGUCCAAAUAUCAACACAGCUCUUUACUAGUGAGCCUUUUCUGAAUUAUGACCUACUGUAUAUUAAAUGUUACAAAUGUGUUUUACAAAGCUUGGGAGUUUUUUGCGUCACCACAUUAGCCUUUAAUUUAGCAUUCUGGAUGAGUUGUUAAAUCUAAAUUCAAAUCUGAGUGAGUUCUGGUGUGUUCUUCAGUCAUUCGUUGUUUUUACAUAACAUUUAUCCUCACAAAGGUCGCAGAGGUGCUGGAGCCUUUCCCAGCUAACUAUGGCCAGGAGGCGGGGUACACCCUGAAUUGGUUGUCAGCCCCGAGAGUUCUUCACAUUUCAAAGUCCAUCCAAACUAUGACGAAUCAUGUGUAAUUUGGUAGCACGCUGAUGCAAACAGUGUUGAGGUGAACUGGCAGAGGCAAUAAAAGCAGCAUGUGGAUUAAAAGAAGCUGCAUGGAUUCCACUGAGCUGCUUAGUUGCUCUUAUCGAACCUUGCACAUGUGUCAGAGCAAAUGAGCAAGUUAAAGGUUUCAACCAUUUUGAUUUGAUUUUCCAUUAGGACCCGUUGCUUUGCCAACCCCUACCUGCUACUGUGUGCAACAAGGUUUACAGCCCACACCACAAAUAUGCAACAUUUCACUUGGGUAAGAAACAACUCAUUUGUGAACAUUUGAUUUAUUAAAAAAAAAAAAGGAAAUAAAGGGACUUUGUGCAUGCUUACUUUGAUUGUUAAUCUGUGCUGUUUUGUCUUUAAACUUGAUGAAACAUGCGUAUCAUUCACAAGCCUGCAUUUGCACAAAUGAUGUUCGUGUAAGCUGACGCGCUCUGUC